CCCUAUUUCUAUUAUAUUUCUCCACCUCUCCUCUUCCUUUCUUCUCCUUUUCCCCUUCGCCAUCCAGCCCCACCCCCCGGGGUUGUAGUUGUAGUAGCAGCAGCAGCAGCAGCAGCAGUAGUACUAGUCUAGUCCCCCACACCACCGCCGCCGCCGCCGCCGCCUUCUGUUCCAUCCCAUUCCGCCAUUCCGCCGAGCACCUCGCGCGCGCGCCGCCGCGUCCGGGGUGGGAUUCGUGGGUGGGUUUGGGAGGGAGCGGCUGCGGGGCGGGCGGGGGGGAUGGCGUGAUCGCCCGCGCGCUCUGGAGGGGAGGGGGGAGGGAGAGGGGGAGGGGUGGAGGAGGAGAUGGGGAGGGUGGGGCUCGGCGUGGCGGUGGGGUGCGCGGCGGUGACCUGCGCGAUCGCCGCGGCGCUCGUGGCGCGCAGGGCGUCGGCGCGGGCGCGGUGGCGGCGGGCGGUGGCGCUGCUGCGGGAGUUCGAGGAGGGGUGUGCCACGCCGCCCGCGAGGCUGCGCCAGGUCGUGGACGCCAUGGUCGUCGAGAUGCACGCCGGCCUCGCGUCCGAUGGCGGCAGCAAGCUCAAGAUGCUGCUCACCUUCGUCGACGCGCUCCCCAGCGGGAGUGAAGAAGGUGUAUAUUAUUCUAUUGAUCUUGGAGGAACAAACUUCAGAGUCUUGAGGGUACAAGUUGGUGCGGGAUCUGUGAUCGUCAACCAAAAGGUUGAACAGCAACCCAUCCCUGAGGAACUGACCAAAGGCACUACUGAGGGUUUAUUCAACUUUGUUGCCCUGGCACUAAAGAAUUUUCUUGAAGGAGAAGAUGACCAAGAUGGAAAAAUGGCACUUGGUUUUACAUUUUCUUUCCCUGUUAGACAAAUUUCAGUGUCUUCAGGGUCAUUAAUUAGGUGGACAAAAGGAUUUUCCAUCAGAGACACGGUUGGCAGAGAUGUUGCUCAGUGCUUAAAUGAAGCGCUUGCCAAUUGUGGGCUAAAUGUGCGGGUCACUGCAUUGGUGAAUGAUACAGUGGGGACAUUAGCUCUAGGGCAUUACUAUGAUGAAGACACAGUGGCUGCUGUGAUAAUUGGGUCUGGCACCAACGCUUGCUACAUUGAACGCACUGAUGCAAUUAUCAAGUGCCAGGGUCUUCUAACGAACUCUGGAGGCAUGGUAGUAAACAUGGAGUGGGGGAAUUUCUGGUCAUCACAUUUGCCAAGGACGCCAUAUGACAUCUUGCUGGAUGAUGAAACACACAAUCGCAAUGAUCAGGGCUUUGAGAAAAUGAUAUCAGGAAUGUAUCUUGGGGAAAUUGCAAGAUUGGUAUUUCAUAGAAUGGCCCAGGAAUCAGAUGUUUUUGGUGAUGCUGCUGAUAGUCUAUCCAACCCUUUCAUUUUGAGCACACCGUUUCUGGCCGCAAUUCGCGAGGACGAUUCACCAGAUCUGAGCGAAGUCAGAAGGAUACUUCGAGAACAUCUGAAGAUUCCCGAUGCUCCUCUGAAAACUCGACGGCUGGUCGUGAAAGUCUGCGACAUUGUGACUCGCAGAGCCGCCCGUCUAGCCGCUGCAGGCAUCGUGGGGAUACUGAAGAAGCUGGGGAGGGAUGGGAGCGGCGCGGCGUCGAGCGGGAGAGGUAGAGGGCAGCCGAGGAGGACGGUGGUGGCGAUCGAGGGCGGGCUGUACCAGGGUUACCCGGUGUUCAGGGAGUACCUGGACGAGGCCCUGGUGGAGAUCCUGGGGGAGGAGGUGGCGCGGAACGUGACGCUGAGGGUGACGGAGGAUGGGUCGGGGGUCGGGGCUGCCCUCCUCGCCGCCGUACAUUCGUCGAAUAGACAGCAACAAGGAGGUCCCAUAUAGUGAGAGAGACAAUGAAGAUACAGCUAGCCCCUCUUGUUCAAAUGUAAAAAAGGGACAUUGUUUGAUAUCUAUAUUCAUAUAUAUAAAAAUCUGGGUCUUGUGCAGAGAAAUCC